GACCGGUCUGCUUCAUAAAAGAGAAAGGCUUUCUCUCGUCUCUUUUCAAGAGGCAGAAAAGGCGAGAGUAAAAAAUGCAGCCUGGGUAAUAUGGUGCUGUUUAUGUAAUGCAGAUUCUAGGCCAGCGAGGGAGUUCAUCCAUAGUUCAGUGGUGGCACAGCAGGAUAAAAUUCUGAUUACAUUGAGUCUAGUCUGCCAAUUACUUUCAGCGCUGGAGAACUUUUCAGCGUUCCUCAUAAACCUGGCCUUUGUCUCUAGGUAUGGCUGUAGUCAACAACAUUUAACUGCCAUUUAUUUUCCUACUGUGCGAACAGUCAUUUUCAGUACUGCAGGCUGCUGACAGAGAAGUAAGACUGAGAUGUUCAUUACUGUGAUUUUUGGUGAGGGAAGAGAGGAGAUAUUAAACCUAAAUUGCAAGAUUAUAAACUUCAUUCACUGUAUAAAGGAAAAAUGCAAUCUGGAUCCUCAAGACACUGUGGAAUUGAUGGACAGGACGGGGGAGCUGGUGAAUUUGGCAGAGCGAGCGCAGAGCACUGACCUUGUCAGCAGUUUGCUGAAGGAGAGAGAGAGUUACGUUCCAUUGCGCGUCUCACGAGCUGAAGGCUGUGAAGCUCCAAAAUAUUCUGCUGUGUUUGACUUUGGAACAAGUUAUCCUGAGCUAGCAGAGAUUCUGAGAAAACUGUCAAAUCCUUCAAAGGAAAGGGACAAAAGGGGUGGAGCAUCUAAAAGAGGCGGAGCCAAUCUAAACCGUAUAAAAGCUGCUAUUAACCUCAAGAAAUCCAGCACCACACCUCGAAGCUGAACCUUGAUCAUUAUCAAUGUAGUCAAUAUUUUAUUUAUAGAAUUUAUGACACAACACAAUAUGUGUAAUACAUUGUGUUGUCUUUUUAUAUAGGCUAUAUUAGGAUGUGUAUGCCUUACCUUUUCCUUUUUUUCUGAGCAAUAAACAAAUAAAAACUAUUUAAUAACUUUGUUAAACAUAAAUGUUACCAUGAUUUACAGAAGACACCCACUAAUGUUUCAUUCAGUGUAAAAGUCAGGCAUUUAUUUGAUGGCACAUUAAAAGAUUGAAUUUAAAAUCUUUAUACAUUCCACUGUCCAUCAAAACCCUAAGUGUAUUAAUUUGCCCGCAACAGGUUUAUAAUAAUUUAAACUAUGGUAUAAAUUACAAUUUAGUUUGGAUAGUGUGAAUUCUGAAGGACCAUGAGACACUAAAAACUGAAGUAGGUCUACACACUGGGAGCAGAUGCAAGCUGAGACUGCAUGUAAUGCUUUUUAUGGGUACAUAUAACCUCACCCCUUACCCUACCUCUCACAGUGACAUCACAAACGCAUAAGGUAAAGUAAAUAUCUUUUAAAUUAUUAGAUAACAUUUACCUUGUCAAAAACUUUCUAAAGAAAAAAUUUAGAUCAGAUUUUGACACAAAUGUUAUCCUAUUGUCAGAAUAACUACAACUAUGCAACUAUGUGUCCCAAUUUUGGCAAGAUGUUACUAUAUUUAUAUCAAUUAUUCUUUUACAGAAUCUUUCUGUGAAACCAAAAACGAUUGUUUUAGGGGGGGUUUUGUCUGCUUUGUGAUAAACCUUAUUCUAUUGUUAUGUAGAUUUUAUAUUCAUAAAUAUUAAAUUUCAAAUUGUAAACCCAUUUUUUGUAGCAUUUGAAGAUUAAAAAUUACUUGCUUACAAUUCCAGAUUCAGUUAAUAAGAAAGCACUCAAAACUUAUACAAUUUGCACGACCUUUAAUAUGUAUAAUCUAUUAAAUCUCUAAAUCUC